AUGGGGAGAAUUAAGAAAGUGGCCAGUCAGAAGCAUGAGGCUACAAUCUCACCUUUCCUGGCAGACUUUAUAGCGAAUGCGACAAGCCUUCCUGUACCAGAGCUUCCUUCACAUUUUUCUACCUUCCCGAAGCUAUGGCCCUUCCCUCGAGGCGACCUCUACCACUGGAUUAACGUUCUAGACCGCUUCGAUGAGAUCCUGGCCUCAGUCAUCGAGAAAUACUUCCUGAACAUUGGCCCCCAGUCACAAAAUUUUGGCCGAGGCGUGUUAGAGGCUUCAUACACCGCGGAUUCGAGCAAGACACCCGCCGAAGGCGUCGAUACGAAACUCAAUGUCUUGGGGUAUGGACCUGAGGGAGACCGGGAACUUGUGGAAGCGAUCCUGGAUUUCUCCCGUUUGCUGCUCGAGAAGUGUGGCAACCGCAGUCUCUACAGCAGCAGUGAGCGACUAGGCGAUCUCUUGAACACUACCUCUCUAUCAUUGCUGCAAUCAACUCUCCGCCUAUCUCUCUGCUUGGCUCAACGAUAUCACUCUCGCCAGCGGGGUACUCAAUCGCAGUCUCUAUUGGCUACUCAUUACAACAUCGACCUGGAAAAGCUGCAAAAAAUUGCAGCGCCAUUCCCUCGCCCAUUCAUUGCCAGCAAAACUUCGUUCGCUGCCUCUCCCGCAAUUUCUGAAAAAGGUAAAGAGAAGGCAGUUCAGACCAAGCUUAAUGCAAAUGAAUUGGGCUCUCUCGUGCGCGACGAAGAUGGUUGGGAAGAAUGGGGCAGCGUCCGUGUUCUUUACUAUCCCUCUGGGUCCUCUGAACAGACGCAAACAACGUCUGAAUUUGGCCAGAGCGAGCAAGGCUCCCACACCCCGACUACACCCACUCCUCUCCGACGAAGUGCAACUCACCCCAUCCCUCGACUGAGUCGUGGCUCCAACGUGGAUGAAGUCCCGACUGUGGCGCCCAACACGGGUGGUAAGCCUGACGAGGCAUCACGCAGCGGCAGCGGCAAGAUUUUGGAUCUCCCGUAUUCAAAGGUGUCUUCCAGCAAGACUGAGGACCUUCUGGCAACGAACCUGCCUCAUCUGCCCCUUGAAUCGAAAUACGAGUUCCUCCACAAGGUCCGCGUUGCCCAGGCGUUGGCCGGGUCGCGUGUUACUCGUGAACAGAUCCUCGCAAUUCGAAUCCUGGCCGCGACAAACCUGGCUUACGUUCAAUCUGAGUCUGCUUUCCAGCAGAAGGUUCUUCUCUCUGACAUGGAAGUACCCAAGCGUCUCCAGCUCGUUUACCAGCUGGCUGAGCUUGUCCAUCUAGGCGCUAGUGGCGACCUCGAUGUCUCACGGCACCUGCAGACAUUAGCGAUUCAGGCGCUUGAUGGUUUGGCAAAACACAAGUCUCGUUCCAAUGAUGUCUGCUCGGCUCUCAGCGUCAAUGUCAAUCACGGUGUGUUGAUGUUCCUGACCCGCAAGGUUGUCAACGAAUUGGGCACCGACGACGAUGUGAAUGAUCUCCAUCAAGAUGAAUGGCGGGACGCCCUACUUUCACUCUUGCGGACCCUGCCUUCCUCCAGCACUCGUACCCCAGAGACGCUUGUUGCAGCGGGUCUAAUCCCCAUGCUUGUCGACAUACUUAAGCUGCGCACUGAAAAGUCCCGCCGAGUCUACUCCCGGGUCAUGGAGUUCCUCGACACUUUCGUUCACGCAGUUCGCGAUGCUUUGGCUACAUUGACCUCGGCCAAGGGUUUCGAUGCCAUUUCUGAUCUGAUUGAUAAUGAGACUAAGACUGCGUUCGAGCACGUCUCUCGUGGAACUGGCUUCCCUGCCAAAUACAAGAACCCCUCCAUCGAUUAUCAGAUUCCCUACUUCCAGCAGCAGACAAUGCGAUGGAUGUUCCGCUUCGUCAACCACAUUAUGCAGCACAACGGUGGAGGAUUUGACCGUGUUCUGAGAAACCUGAUUGACUCUCCUCAGCUACUCACCUCCCUGCGCCUGGUGUUCGAAAACGCACGAGUCUUUGGCUCGCACGUUUGGAGCAACGCUGUCAACAUUCUCAGCAGCUUCAUUCACAAUGAGCCUACAAGUUACGCUGUCAUCGCUGAAGCUGGUCUCAGCCGUAGUCUCCUCACCGCAGUGAUGGGUCGUGAGCUCCAGGUACAGGAGAAGCCCCCGGCUGUGGAGCCCGAGGAUGCUGACCCUGAUGCCGCCGUCGCUGAAACAUCUGAUGCCGCCGCCGCCGGUGUCCCUGAGGCAAAGGAGGAAGGUCGCGAAUACACUCUUGUCCGACCACGGGGAACUCGUCUGGCCCCGGGCAUUAUUGCUGCCACAGAUGCUCUUGGCUGUGUUCCUUCUGCCUUUGGAGCAAUUUGCCUGAACUCUUCGGGACUGGAUCUUUUCCAGUCUUCGGAUGCACUAGAGAGCUUCUUUGAGAUCUUCGAAAACCCCGAGCACAUCAAAUGCCUGAAGGAUGACCCAAACCUGGUUCGGAACCUAGGUACCACCUUCGAUGAGCUCGUUCGGCACCAUCCUGCUCUGAAGACCUCUAUCAUGUCUGCAGUCAUUGUCAUGGCUGCCCGUGUGAGCCUUCUUGGCAAAGUCAAGGCUUGGGAAUCUGGAAUGGGAUCCAAGCUGUGGACCGAAGAUGCCCAGGGAAAUAUCGGCCUCUCGGGUGACAUGGCUUCCCUGUUCCGGGAUAUCGGUGCCCCCAUUGAUGCAUCUAUGCAAGACCCUGCAUCCAUCGGUGUGCCCCAGUUCAAGAACCACACCCUCCCCAACGGUGGAAAGAUUGUUCUUGGUGAUCUGAGCCAGGUGCUCCCCUCGCAGGACGCCAGCUUUGAGCCCAAGGACAAGGACGAGCACGGUUUGAACGUGACGGACUACCUUUUCCCUGCGAUCCGCUUCCUGGGUGCCUUCUUCGAGAACCAGCCAAACUGCACUUCCUUCAUCCAGGCUGGCGGUGCGGAGUUCGUUCUCGAUUUCGCAACCCUCCAGAGUCUGUCAUUUGACUUCCACAACACCGAUGCCAACCAAGAGCUCACUGUCCUUGUGCACAUGAUGGCUGAAACCAAGCCACAGUUGGUCAUUCCAUCGUUGAUAAAUCGUGCCCAGUCAGCUGUGAACAAUCUCUCGGCCUUUUGGACUACACCCAAAGAGUCGGGAUUCUUUACGGCACUGACCAGACCCGCCAACUCGAAAGAAACCGCACCAGAGCCGACGCUGGCUGCCUCUAAUGGAACCUUCUUCGUGAAACACAUGAAUGCCGUACUUGUCAUGACAGACUUGCUUCGCGAGGUCUAUGCAAUGCCGCUGUAUCAGACACGGCCUGUGCAAGCAACAUCUCCUUUUGCCCAGGUGAACCUUGCAGACCUGUAUGCAGAUCUGGUGUCUUCUCUCGGCAAUCUCCAUGCUGCAUGCGUGUGGGAGGAAAUUAUCAUGGAAAAGAGCAUUCCUGAGAAGUGGGUGCAAGCUACAAAAGCACCCGCUAGCAAGCCUCGCUCUGACCGUCCCAAUGCUGUUACUGGAGCUGCCCAGGGACUGUUGACAGAGCCUGCUACUGGUUCCCAGGCUGGUUCGGCUGCUCCCGAGGGUGAUAAAACCCCAGCACCCGAAGAGCCGGAAAGCGAAGAAGACAAGGCGAAGACAGAACGAAGUGCCGCUUUCAAGAACGUCCAGACUCUUCGCUAUCUUCUGAGCUCCUUGCCUUCGUCCAUCACUGGUUUCCUCCACAACUUGGGCCUGGGUCUCGUCAGCAAGAGAAGAUCGGACCCUCACUUAAAGAUGCGCCAGAAUGCCAGCAUGGUGGCCGAUGCCAUCGCGGAGACUGUUCUUCGCGAGCUUCAAUUCAGCGCUCCCAACUCGUGCGAUAGUUCUAAGCACCGUUUCGCCUACUUGAUUGUGAUUCUGUCAUCAUUCUCGCAUCUGCUCUACGAGAUCUCCAAUGACCGUCCCCAGUCGAACUAUUUGACCUUGGUCUUCUGGUCAUUCAAGAAGGCUCAUGGAUUGAAAGUUCUGAAGGACAUUUGCGACGUGUUCAUGCGCGAGGUCCAGGCUCUCACACCUGCUGAAUCUGUUCCUGAGUCCGAAAAGGAUGUUGCUGCUCGCUUAACUUCCGCCUACGGCGGUAUCAAGAUCAUCCUCGCUCUGUUCGCUGAGCUUGCUUCAGGCAAGAACAUCGUGGAGUCGAGCCAAACACAGGCCUUAACUAGCCACCACGACCGGGACCGUGAGCGUCACGAUUACUUCCAGCCCGGCCAAUUCAUCGUGGAUCUCCGCAUGGAAAUUCUUCCCAUGGCUCAGGACAUGUGGAACUCCGACUUUGCUACCCAGUCUUCGAGCCCUAUUGUUAAGUGCCUGGUUGAUAUCCUCCGAUCCUCCCUGGAUGGAGAGUAUGAGACUGGAGCUCUUCGCAAAUCGGAUACUCCUCCCGCUCUAAAGGAACCACCUCGUGGUGCAUUUGUGGUGAACAAGACGCACGCUGCGGGUCUGGUUGAGAAGGGGUGCGAAGAUGCGGAUCUUAACAAGGAGGCUUUGUACCGCUGCAACAACAGCCUGAAUGCUGCAGAAGAAUAUUGCAAAGCCCAAAACUACAUUCGUGCACCUCCAAGACUCCCGCCUCGCCCCAACGAUAUCCAAACUGGAUCUUCGGAGAACGCCUCAGGUGGAGAGAGCCUCGAUGACCCUGUCGCUGGAGAUGUCACUCCAUUCAACAGUGGCUACCUGGAACGCUCCGGCCUUGCCAUGCUUCUCGCUUCGACUCGACCUGGUGAGGAUCUUACGAACCAAGAGCCUAGUCCUGAAGGCAGCAUGGAUCCCAUGCGCGACAACUUGGCUAGAGCAAUUGGAAACAUUUUGAAUGAUGAUGAAGGCAUGGUUGUUCCUGGCUCUGGCGAGCCGUCAAGUGCAGAUCGCCCUCCGAGCUAUGGUGCCCAGGAACCUUCUGAGCCUGUCGAUCAGCCUCAGGCAGAGCCUACCGCGCAGGUGGCACGCCGUCCGAUGAUUACUGUUGAAGACCUGGACAAUGAAAGAGAGAAGGUCCGGUCUAACCUCAUCGAGCGUUGCCUGGACGUCCUUAACGAGCACCAUGAUGUCUCUUUCGAGUUGGCUGAUCUGAUAUCAUCUGCUAUCAAGAAGCACCCUGAGCCUGAGAGCUUCAGACGCGACAUUGGUGAAACCCUUGUUCAGUCGCUUGUUUCUCUCCAGAUGGAGAACUUCCAGACCGCCGGCAAGAAGGUUGCUGCUUAUGCACACAUCCUUGCUUUAGUUCUUCAGGAUCGAGACAUGUAUAGCGCGACUGUCGAAGAGCUCAAGGAUUGCUUCUCCACUUUCCUUGGCUUUAUCAAGCUCCCUACACCCGAGAAGACCCCCGAUGAGUCUUUCCCCUGGAUUGGGCAUGUGUUGCUCAUUCUGGAGAAGUUGCUUUCUGAUGACUGCCAGCCGCCUCAGAUCAGCUGGACUCCCCCUGCCAGUCUUGAUGAUACAAGCACGGGUGGCGAAGAGCCCGCGCAUCUUCAGGAGCCGCUUGUCUCCCUUGAUGAGAAGACUCAGCUCUUUGAAGCAUUGGUUGAGAUUCUUCCUCGCAUCGGCAAGGAUGAUACGCUCGCACUCUCUGUUUGCCGUGUGCUGGUGGUCCUGACUCGCCAGCGCAGCAUUGCUGCCCGUUUCGGCGAGAAGCGAAACCUGCAGCGUCUCUUUGUCAUGGUCAAGCAAUUGGCUAGCGCUACCAAUGAGAAACUCCAAAGCGCCUUUAUGUUGAUCCUACGACACAUCGUCGAAGAUGAAGCUACGAUCCGACAGAUCAUGCGGAGCGAAAUUACUUCUUUCUUCGACUCCAAGUCUUCCCGCCAGGUCGAUACUACUGGCUAUGUUCGUCAGUUGUAUCAUCUGGUUCUGAGAGCGCCUGAGAUCUUCGUGGAAGUGACAAAUGAGAAGGUACGUCUACUCCGAUACGACACCCACCAGCGACCUCAGAUCCUCGGGUUGAAGGCCGACAAGGAUCGUGUCGCCGCCCGUCUUCGUCAAGGUGCCGAUGGUGCUAGUGAUAGCAAGGACAGCGGUUCCGGAGAGGCUUCUACUUCGGCCUCUGACGACAAGGAGAAGGACAAGAGUCAAAAGGGCACUGAGCUGAAGCCACCUGUUGUGGAGAAUCCUGAUGGCGUUAUCCACUAUCUUCUUUCUGAACUCCUCUCCUACAAGGAUGUGGACGAUAAAGAGGCUCCUACAGAAUCCUCGGAUCAGCCCGCUGGCGAUCAGUCUGAGGGCCAGACGGAUGUCGAGAUGUCCAUUGAUGAGCCUACCCCCUCCGUGACUAGCAGCGCCGAUGCCCAGCCCGCUCGCGGUACACCCGCCAAGAAGGGCGAGAAGCCUCCGUUCAAGGCCGAAGAUAACCCCAUCUACAUCUAUCGCUGCUUCCUCCUUCAAUGCUUGACCGAGCUCCUGUCAUCUUAUAACCGCACCAAGGUCGAGUUCAUCAACUUCUCGCGCAAGGCUGAUCCCCUUGCCACCACUCCUUCCAAGCCUCGCUCGGGUAUUCUCAACUACCUCUUGAACGUGCUUGUUCCCCUCGGCACCAUGGAGCACGAUGAGUCCCUGGCAUUCAAGAAGCGCAGCAUUACCUCCUCAUGGACUAUGCAAGUGCUGGUCGCCCUUUGCACUAAGACUGGUGAAUUCGGUGGCCUCGGCAGGCGCCGUGGUGAGCAGAAGCGCAAUGAAGAGGACGAGUGGGAGCUUGCUUUCGUGCGCAGAUUUGUGCUGGAGCAUGCCCUCCGUUCCUACAAGGAGGCCAAUGCGUCAAACGAGCCUCUCGACUCUAAGUAUUCGAAACUCAUGUCCCUCGCCGAUCUGUUUGACAAGAUGCUCAGUGGGUACUCUUACACACAGGAUGCUGGCUUCCCCUCUUCAACAAGGCAGCUUGCUAAGACCAUGUUUGAAAAACAUUUCAUUCCUGCUUUGACUGCCUCUGUUGCCGAAAUCGACUUGAACUUCCCAUCCUCUAAGCGAGUCAUUAAAUAUAUCUUGCGACCUCUCAACAAACUUACACAAACUGCUGUCCUUCUCAGCGAAACCAACGAUAUCACUACUCUGGCCGAGACCGUCGAGGAUGAUGAAAUCUCAUCAGCGACCUCUGUUUCGGACAUGGAGGAUGAGCGUGAAGAGACUCCUGAUCUUUUCCGCCAUUCUACCCUCGGUAUGCUGGAGCCUCGUCAUGACGAUGAUGAAGAUAGCACCGAGGGGUCAGAGGAAGAGGAAGAGGACAUGUAUGAAGAUGAGUACGAUGAGGAGAUGGAGUACGAGGACGAUGUUCCCGAGGAUGACGGCGAAGUCGUUAGUGAUGAUGACGAUGAAGGCGUCGGCCACAUGGAAGGUCUCUCUGGUGAUCCGGUUGAAAUCAUCGUUGACGAUGACGAGGAUGAUGAGGAUGAUGAUGAUGAAGACGACGACCACUCCGACAUGGACGAGGAUGACAUGUACGCUGAUGAGAUCACCGGUGACCGUGACAAUGAGAGCCUUGAAGAAGGCGACCAGGACGAGUGGGAAAGCGAAGAAAUGACUGAAGACGAGGAAGAAGCCGAGAUGAUGAACCAGUUCGAAGACGAAAUGGCCGACAUCCGCCAUCAAGCCCAGCGGCAACCCGAUGGUCAUGCCCGUAUUGACGACUUGUUCCGUGCUCUUAACCAAGCUGCUGGCGGUGCUGAAGAUUUCGGCGCCGAUCCCCUCGGAGGCGAUAUUCAUGAUGAAAUCCUUGACGAAUUGAACGAGGAAGGAGGUCCGUCCUUGAGCCCCACACCCAUACCCAUGCCUGCCACUGUUUUGUUGUUCAUUCAAGGGAUUCUAACUGCUCAUUACCCAGAGGACGACGAUGAGAUAGAUGAACUAGAAGAGGAAGUCGACGAUUACGACGAUUACGACAUGGACCAGGGCUCCGAUGGUGACAUGGAAGGUUCGAUUAAUGAUCAUGAAAUGUUUGUUGAACGUGUUGCUAACAAUAUCUCUUUCUUCACAGAGGAUGAUCUUCUCGAGCCUUGGGGAUGGGAAGGCGACGAACUUCCCGCUCCUCGACACCACCACCACCGCUUCCGUGGUGGCGCGCCUCCGGCUUGGGCUACAGUUACUGAAAUCAUGCCAGGCCGUGGUGGACUUGUUCCCAUUCAACCCUACCAUCGUGUGCACAGAACUCAGCUUCCCGGGCCUCGCGGAAACGACGAUGGCACUAACCCUCUCCUUGUCCGGAAUGAUCGCGGUGCUGACUCUGCAGCUCCUCGUGGACCGGGCGCUGAAGCCUUUACUGACUGGACUCAUGCUUUGGAGCCUCCCACUGGUGGUAACCGAAUGCUCCCAAUGGAAAGCCCCGUCAGCUUUAUGAAUGCUAUCAUGCAUGCCAUCAGUGGCAAUGCUCAGCCCGGCUUUGGAGUUGUCACUCGUCCCGAUGGCAUCCAUGUCCACGUUGACCGCCACGCAGUCCUGCCUGCCAACCGCCUCACAAACGCGUUUGGCCUUGGUCGAGCUCAGUCUAGUCCCACUCGCGGCCGUGAUGACCCCCACAACGCGGUCAAGUUUUCUCUAUCUACAACCCGCAACCGCUGGCAAGAGGAGGCUCGCCUUCUUUUCAGCAGCACCUAUGUCGAGAAGACACAAUGUAUUGUCAAUUCUCUGCUGAAGGUUCUUGUCCCUCCUGCCAUGGAGGAAGAGAAGCUGCGCCAGAAGCAGGCUCAAGAAGAGCGCAAGCGUCUUCAAGAAGAUGCGGCCGAAAAGGAACGCCAAGACCGUAUUGCCCGCGAAGAAGAAGAGCGCGAGCGCAAGCGCAAGGAAGAAGAAGAGAAUGCCCGCCAACAGGCUCAGAGAGAGCAAGAAGAGGCCGAACGCCAAGCUGCCGGGAUUGAUGAGCCCAUGGAAGAUGUCCAAGACACAGAAACUGCGCCAGAAGAAGCAGCUGAGCCCGAGCCUGCUGAACCCGCCCAGCGUGUUCACACUACCAUCCGGGGCCGCCAGCUGGAUAUUACUGGGCUGGAGAUCGACCCUGAGUACCUGGAGGCUCUCCCGGAGGAACUCCGGGAAGAGGUGAUUAUGCAACAGCUUGCGGAACAGCGAUCGCAGGCCGCUGCCGCUGGUGAAGAACCUACCGAGAUCAACCAAGAGUUCCUCGAGGCCCUUCCUGCCGAGAUCCGUGAAGAGCUACUCCAGCAGGAGGCUGCUGAUAGACGCCGCCGGGAGCGUGAGACUGCACGCCGACAGACUGCAACCACCAGCGCCCCACCCCGCGCAGAGGAAAUGGAUGCUGCCAGCUUCCUUGCUACCCUCGAUCCCUCGCUGCGCCAGGCAGUCCUUGCCGAUCAACCUGAAGAUGUCCUCGCAAGCCUAGGCCCAGAGUACAUUUCGGAGGCCCGAGCCCUUGGUGGCCGCCGUAUGGCCCAAUUCGGAGACAUGAGUGCUGUAGAGCAUCGCCAAAGAAACGACAAUGCGGAUGACCAGGAGCCUAAGAAACCCCAGAGGCGCCAAAUCGUUCAGAUGCUCGAUAAGGCCGGUGUCGCAACACUACUUCGUCUAAUGUUUAUGCCUCUCCAGGGCAACACGCGGCACCAGCUCAAUGACAUUCUGCACAACGUUUGUGAGAAUCGUCAGAACCGGAGUGAAGUUAUCAGCCUGCUUCUAUCUGUCUUGCAGGAUGGUAGCGUUGAUUCCUCUGCUAUUGAGCGCAGCUUUUCCCAUCUAUCGCUUCGUGCCAAGGCCCCUGGCGCUCCGAAGACUCCGCAGUCUGCUAAGCGCAAUACCUCUCUCCAGGCGUCUUGGAGCCUCAGCACCGAAGUGACGCCCAUCAUGGUGGUGCAGCAGUGCCUGAGCCUGCUGUCCUUCCUUUCCCAGUUCAACCCUCACAUUGCUUGGUUCUUCCUGACGGAACAUGAUUCAUCAUCAUCCCUCAAGCUCAAAGCUUUGCGCAAGGGCAAGGGCAAGGAGAACCGCGCUAACAAGUUCGCUUUGAACGCUCUCCUUACUCUUCUGGACCGGAAGUUGAUUAUGGAAAGCCCUACCUGCAUGGAGCAGCUGUCUAGUCUGCUCAGUAGCAUUACACAGCCUCUGACUGUUCUUCUACGUCGUGAGAAGGAGAAGCAGGAGGAAGAAAAGGGCAAGCAGCCCGAGGGUAGCCAGCCUGAGGAGGCCGCUGAACAACCUACAGAAUCAACCCAACCCGUUGGCGACGUCCCUAUGACUGACGCUCCUCUGCCCACCGUUGAGACGGCCGAGGACCAUGGUACUGAGCCUACCGAAUCUGCGGAGACUAAGAAACCGGAGGGUAACGAUGCCAAGUCCAGCGAGGAAGAGAAGCGCAAGCGAAGGACAAUCGAGCCCCCUGUUGUUCCCGAUCACAAUUUCUGCAUGGUCGUUCACAUCCUUGCCGCUCGCGAAUGCAAUGGCAAGACCUUCCGUGACACUCUGUCUACCAUCAACAACCUGUCUGCCAUCCCGGGAGCUCGCGAUGUAAUCGGUAAUGAGCUUGUCACUCAAGCACAGGCCCUGAGCGAUACCAUCUUGGGUGACCUGGAGGAACUUCUCCCUCAUAUUCACCAGGCCAAGACCGGCAAUGACAUGCAAGGCUUGGCUCUGGCCAAGUUCUCUCCCGCCAGCUCGGAUCAAGCUAAGCUGCUCCGUAUCUUAACGGCACUUGACUACCUCUUCGAUCCCACUCGCGUUGACAAGACUAAGGGCACCGAGCCUGAGUCCGCACCCAAGGAGGAUGUGCUCAAGAGGCUGUAUGAGAGCGCCACUUUCAGCCCCUUGUGGACCAAGUUGAGCGACUGCUUGGCUGUUAUUCGCCAGAAGGAGAACAUGCUUAACGUAGCUACUAUUCUCCUGCCGCUGGUUGAGGCUUUGAUGGUUGUCUGCAAGAACACCACUCUUAAGGAUCAGCCUAUCUCACGAGGCAGCCGCGAGUUGUCUGUGAAUAGUUCUGCGGCCGAUGCUGGUCUCAGCAUGGAAAACCUCUUCUUCAAAUUCACUGAGGAACACCGCAAGAUCCUGAACGAGCUUGUCCGAUCGAACCCUCGCUUGAUGAGUGGCACUUUCUCUUUGCUGGUCAAGAACCCCAAGGUCCUAGAGUUUGAUAACAAGCGCAACUACUUCACUCGCCGUGUCCACUCUCGCGGCGCCGAGCCUCGUCACCCCAACGCACCUCUCCAGCUCUCCGUCCGCAGAGACCAGGUUUUCCUUGACUCCUUCAAGUCUCUCUACUUCAAGAGCGCCGACGAGCUGAAGUAUGGCAAAUUGAAUGUUCGCUUCCACGGUGAAGAAGGUGUCGAUGCCGGUGGUGUUACUCGUGAAUGGUUCCAGGUUCUCGCCCGUGGCAUGUUCAACCCUAACUACGCUCUCUUCAUUCCUGUCGCUGCCGACCGAACAACGUUCCACCCGAACCGUCUCAGUGGUGUCAACUCUGAGCAUUUGAUGUUCUUCAAGUUCAUUGGAAGGAUCAUCGGCAAGGCUUUGUACGAGGGGCGGGUUCUAGACUGCCACUUCUCUCGCGCUGUCUACAAAAAUAUUCUUGGACGCUCCGUGUCGAUCAAGGACAUGGAAACGCUCGACCUUGAGUACUACAAGUCUCUCCUUUGGAUGCUGGAGAACGAUAUCACGGACAUCAUUACUGAAACCUUCGCCAUCGAGACCGAUGCCUUUGGUGAGACUCAGGUGAUCGACCUCAUUGCUGAUGGUAGGAACAUCCCAGUCACCCAGGAGAACAAGGAGGAGUACGUCCAGCGAGUUAUUGAGUACCGCCUCGUGGAGUCUGUCCGUGAACAGCUUGACAACUUCCUGAAGGGCUUCCAUGAGAUCAUUCCACCGGAUCUCAUUUCGAUCUUCAAUGAGCAGGAGCUCGAGCUUCUGAUUUCCGGUCUGCCUGAGAUCGACGUGGAGGAAUGGAAGAACCAAACCGAAUACCACAACUACUCUGCCUCUUCAUCUCAAAUCCAGUGGUUCUGGCGUGCCGUUCGCUCGUUCGACAAGGAAGAACGGGCCAAGUUGCUACAGUUCGUUACCGGAACCAGCAAGGUCCCUCUCAACGGCUUCAAGGAGCUUGAGGGCAUGAACGGCGUGAGCAAGUUCAACAUCCACCGCGACCCCGGCAACAAGGAUCGCCUUCCUAGCUCGCAUACAUGCUUCAACCAGCUUGAUCUUCCUGAAUAUGAAAGCUAUGAAGAUCUCCGUCAGCGCCUGUAUACUGCGAUGACGGCCGGUAGCGAUUACUUCGGUUUCGCAUAG